CGUGAAUAAAGCUGCAUGGGAGAAGACUGGAAUCGUUUUGAAGAGGUGUGGAAGGAAACCUGCAUAACUGUGUUAGGAAUGACGAAGAAGGAGGGAGACAAGGAGUGGAUGUCGACGGACACAUGGAAGCUGAUAGAGGAGGGAGAGGAAGAUGGUGAUGGUGAAGCAGAACAUGAACCAGUGCAGUGCAAGGAUUACAACGAAAAGAGGAACAGAACACAACGUAUAAAGCAUUACACCGAAAAAAGAAGUGAAGAAGAAGAAGAAGAAGACAAAAGACACUUCCACGACACACUGGUUAGUGGAGCAGAACAGACUGCAGGAUGCUGGUAGGAGAGGCCUGACAACCGUGUGUGAAAUAACCAAAAUAUUAUGUGGGUAGAGAUCAGCUCAGAUGGAACGAAUGAAAGAUAGUGAAGGGAGGUUGGUUAGCAGAGAGGAGAAAGAAAGGAAACGAUGGACUGACGACUUCAGAAAACUAUUGAAU